AUGGCGAGCAUAUUUCAAAAUGUCUUUGGAGGAACUCCAUCUCCGCCACCAACUCAGAUCAAUAUCAAAGUGUCGACCUCAUCAACCACGCUCCAUAAACACGACUCUACAGAGCCAUUUACACUCACUCUCGAGGAGACUCUUCCUGAACGUGGAAAUGUGCCUAACAAGCCUCUCACCAUCCUGACCUUCGACACCCUCCUCGACCCUAACGGUAAUGCCCUCUACGGAACUGGCAUCGACAUCAUCGACAGUGACACCGGAACCCGCGUAGAGCGGAUAACCCUAAGGAAUCAUUAUACUUUUGGCGACCAGUCUGGCAUCCCGAUCGAUCCCCAGUACGAGAGAUAUUUCGUCACUCUAGAGCCUGGGACCUCCGUCCGAGGGUGGAGUGAAUUCUGGGUUAGGCAGCAAUCUCCAGCAGAAGACGAUACAACGGCUGACGGUGAAUCAACUCUUAAAGCUGAAUGGAGCGCUAAGGACGAAUAUGUUGUUGCCGCGGCAUUUUCCCACGUUACGUCUCUUAAUGUGGGGUCGACAUAUCGGGUAGAGUUAGGGAGUAAAAUGAGCCAAAUCUCAUGGUAUCGAACUGGAUCAAAGGAGGAGGUGUUGAGGCGCCAAAGUGCUGGAGGGCGCCUUCUGCAGACCCUGAUCGGGCCAAAAAGGCACCAUGAGCGGGUUGGGGAUAGUGAAAUGCAGGCGAUCCCGCUUGUGAUGCAGGAAUCAGCUAGAUUCACGGUCGAAGUUUAA